GCGCAAAGGACGCGAUCAUCGGUUAACUGGAACGAUGCGCGAGAGCGUGUGCUCAAGUCCUACCGGGAAUGGCUGCGAGCGGUAAGCUUGCCAGAAGAGCGCGCCACUCUGUGCUGUACAGUGGUAGAGAAGGACAAAGCGGAACCGUGACUGAUGCGUGAUAAAUGCUCAGGCACCUGAAGUACAGCAGAUGUACUCGCUGAACAUGCCGGUCUCCAAGAUCCGAACCAAGAUACGGCAAGAGUUCGAAAGGCACAGAUACGUGUCACAACUGAGGACGGUGGAUGUGCUGCUGUUCAACAGCCACCAAGAGUAUCAGGAAACACUCAACUUCUGGAAGCAGCUCACACACGUACUCAAAUACUUCAGAUCGGAGGAAGAUCCGAGCUCGCGGUUACCGAAGAACUUCAUUCAGGGUUUCAUUGAGGGCCGGAAUUAGUAUUCGCUAGCCUGUCGUACACUAUACAUUCACCAUCAAUAACAGCGUUCCCGCAUGACUGCGUUCAGGACCUGCUCCGCGUGGCAGCAUCAUGGCUUGGCUGCCCGGUCUGGGUGCGUGGCGUUGAACUCGUCCCGAGCGGCAGUGAACUUCUCUUCCACAGCAUCGCAGAGCUGAGAAAGAUCGUCGAGGCCUUUUUGUAGUACUUCAUACACAUUGACGUCGUCUGCGUGGUAUCGUUAGCUGGUGCACGCAUCAUGACAUUGAGUGCUUGAAGACAAACCCCAGGUCUGGAUUCGAAGGUUCAUGACAGCUUCCGAAGGGUGAGGUAUUGAAUAGCCGCAGAACUCGACGUCAGGGCUAGAAUUUGGUAAGUCUGCAUGUACGCAAUAUUCCGGUGGCAUACGCACUUCUUGAUGAUCAUGUACCUAAGAGCGUUACCAAGCGUAUGGUCUUCCUUCUCGAACGCGAAAGAUGCUGCGGUAUCCGAAG